GUUCUGGAGCGUAGCUUGAAGCUGAUCUUCGCUCAGGACUGGCGAGCUCUGAGUACGUAUCUUAACACGAAGUUGUCCCGACUUCAAGACCUGCCGUACACGGACUUCAUCUUCUGUAAAGAAUUUCGGGGGCAUUAUGCUGACAACGCCCCUGUCCCACAGUUGAAAGUUGCAAUGCGGCUUACUGCCGAGAAUCCUGCUCACAUUGCCCUCGUUGGAGAACGUCUACCGUAUAUUGUGACCCAAGGCGCUCCUGACGCUACAGUAAUCUCUUGUGUACGAUCGAUUCCUGACUUUUUGGCGGAUAAAAGCUUACAGAUUCACUUUACUUACUACGCUCAUGUACACAUUCUUCCUGCCCUUCGACGAGUUACUGAUCUCCUGCCACUUACUAUAACGUGGCGUGCAGACGCCGCAUCACUCUGUUUCACGUAA